AAAAAGAGAGAGAGAAGGAAGGAGGGAGAAAGCGAGUGUGCAGCUUUGAGGCGUUCCAUCAUCCGCCAAACUCCUGCAGCUUCCCACUUCCCUCCUCCUCCUCCUCCUCCUCCUCCUCCUGGAGAAAGAGAGAGAGAGCAACAGAGAGAGGAAGAGAGAGAGAGAGAGAGGGGCAGCAACAGAGAGAGAGCGAGAGAGUCGCGCUUACAAGCCAGCGGAGAAGAGACGUCAAGAGGAGGAUCUACAAAGGGAGGGGGGAAAAAAUCCUUCUCUCUCUCUCUUCUGCUGCCUCUCUUCGUGCGUCCUACGGGCAGCGAGGAGCGAAGAGGAGCGAGGAGGGAUCCGGCUGGCGUAUUUCCUGCGCUGCUUCCCCGCGAUCUCUGUGGCCGUAUCACAGUGCGUGGAGCGCAGGGAGAGAGAGCGGCCGACGGCUUGAUCGGUGACAUCGCUCCGCGGCUGAAGACGAGCACCGUAGAGGAACCAGGAUGCUUAACAACCUGACCGACACGGAGGAGGGGGACGGGGGAGCCCAAAGCCAGGGUGACAGUAACCCCAAGGAGAGCAGCCCCUUCAUCAACAGCAGUGAUGCUGCCGCAGAAAAGAGCCAGCAGUAUGACGGCAAGAACAUGGCCUUGUUUGAGGAGGAGAUGGACACCAGCCCCAUGGUGUCGUCUCUCCUCAGCAGCCUGGCCAACUACUCCAACCUGCCCCAAGGCAGCAAGGAGCACGAGGAGGCCGAGAACAACGAGGCCGAGUCAUCGCGCAAGAAACCCGUCAAGGCCCCCCAGCUCGGCACUCUGAUGGGCGUCUAUCUGCCGUGCAUCCAGAACAUCUUCGGAGUGAUCCUCUUCCUCAGGAUGACCUGGUUGGUGGGAAUCGGAGGCGUCUUCGGGACGUUCAUCAUUGUCUUCAUCUGCUGCUCCACAACCAUGCUGACUGCCAUCUCGAUGAGUGCCAUCGCGACCAAUGGAGUGGUGCCAGCUGGAGGCUCCUACUACAUGAUAUCCCGUUCGCUGGGUCCCGAGUUUGGGGGAGCGGUGGGGAUCUGUUUCUAUCUGGGGACCACCUACGCUGGAGCCAUGUACAUCCUGGGGGCCAUCGAGCUCCUCCUGAUCUACAUAGCUCCCAAAGCGGCCAUCUUUCCCCUGGAAGGGUUGGAAGGUGCUGAGGCGGAGGCUGCCCUGCUUAACAACAUGCGCGUGUACGGCACCAUCCUGUUGACCUCCAUGGCAACGGUGGUGUUUGUCGGCGUCAAGUACGUCAACAAGUUGGCCCUGGUGUUUCUGGCCUGCGUCAUCCUCUCCAUCCUGGCCGUCUACGCCGGCGUCAUCAAGACCGCCAUCGACGCCCCCGACUUCCCUGUGUGUGUCUUGGGGAACCGAACGUUGGUGUGGAAGACCUUCGACGUGUGUGCCAAGACCGUCGAGACGGCUAAUGGGACGGUCACCACCCAGCUGUGGCGCAUGUUCUGCGAUUCACCUCUCCUCAAUGCGACCUGCGACACGUACUUCGCUGCCAACAAUGUGACCAAGAUCCAGGGCAUCCCGGGAGUCACCAGUGGAAUCCUAGCAGAGAACUUGUUCGGGACCUACUACGAGAAGGGGGACCUGAUCGCCAAGAAGGACAUGUACUCAGCGGAGGAGCAGGACGAUCCACUGACCAACUCUAACCGCUACGUGUUGGCUGACAUCACCAGCUUUUUCACGCUGCUCGUCGGCAUCUACUUCCCCUCUGUGACAGGGAUCAUGGCCGGCUCCAACCGCUCAGGUGACCUGCGUGACGCCCAGAAGUCUAUCCCCAUCGGAACCAUUGCAGCCAUCACUACCACCUCCUUUGUCUACAUGUCCAGCGUGAUCCUGUUUGGUGCCUGCAUCGAGGGUGUUGUCCUCAGAGACAAGUUCGGAGAGGGGGUGCACGGGAACCUGGUGAUUGGCACGUUGGCCUGGCCGUCACCGUGGGUGAUCGUGAUUGGCUCCUUCUUCUCAACCUGCGGGGCGGGGCUGCAGAGUCUGACGGGCGCUCCCCGUCUCCUGCAGGCCAUCGCAAAGGACAACAUUGUGCCUGCCCUUCGGAUCUUUGGCCACGGGAAGGCCAACGGAGAGCCCACGUGGUCCCUCCUGUUGACAGCUUGUAUCUGCGAGAGCGGCAUCCUCAUCGCCUCCCUGGACGCAGUGGCUCCCAUCCUCUCCAUGUUUUUCCUGAUGUGUUACAUGUUUGUGAACCUGGCCUGUGCCCUGCAGACGCUGCUGAGGACUCCAAACUGGAGACCUCGCUUCAAGUUCUACCACUGGGCUCUGUCCUUCCUGGGGAUGAGCUUGUGUCUCACUCUCAUGUUCAUCUGCUCCUGGUACUAUGCCAUUGUCGCCAUGGUGAUUGCCAGCUCUAUCUACAAGUAUAUUGAGUUUGCAGGUGCGGAGAAAGAGUGGGGUGACGGGAUACGAGGUCUGUCUCUGAGUGCGGCGCGCUACGCUCUCAUGCGGCUGGAGGAGGGGCCCCCGCACACCAAGAACUGGAGGCCUCAGUUGCUCGUGCUGGUCAGCACAGACGGCGAGCAAAACGUGGAGCAGCCUCGUCUGCUUUCCCUGACCAACCAGCUGAAGGCAGGAAAAGGCCUGACCAUUGUCGGCACAGCUCUGGAGGGCACCUACCUGGAGAACUCCGACCAGGCCCAGCGGGCAGAGCAGGCACUGCAUAAACUGAUGGAAACCGAGAAGGUGAAGGGCUUCUGUCAAGUCACCGUGUCGUCGAAUCUGCGUGACGCUACAUCCCACCUGCUCCAGGCCAGUGGGCUGGGAGGCCUGAGACAUAACGCUGUGCUGGUCUCCUGGCCACGCAACUGGAGGCAGGGAGACGAGCACCAGACCUGGAGGAACUUUGUCGAGUUGGUCCGAGAAACCACUGCCGCUCACCACGCUCUGCUCGUCCCAAAGAACAUCGCGGCCUUCCCGUCCAAUGGCGAGCGAUUCACUGAGGGUCACAUCGACGUGUGGUGGAUCGUCCACGAUGGAGGCAUGCUGAUGCUGCUGCCCUUCCUCCUCCGACAGCACAAGGUGUGGAGGAAGUGCAAGAUGCGCAUCUUCACCGUGGCCCAGUUGGACGACAACAGCAUUCAGAUGAAAAAAGACCUGACCACGUUCCUCUAUCAUCUCCGUAUCGACGCUAUGGUGGAAGUUGUAGAAAUGCACGACAGCGACAUCUCGGCCUACACUUACGAGAAGACCCUGGUGAUGGAGCAACGGUCGCAGAUGCUCAAACAGAUCAACUUGACCAAGACUGAGCGAGAGAGAGAGAUCCAGAGCAUCACCGAUUCUUCCCGUGGGUCAAUCCGCCGCAAGAACCCUGCCGCCGUGACCACCCAGCUGAGUGUGACCGAGGAGCCGCCGGCAGCAGCCAGCAAGGAGGAGAAGCCUGAGGAAGAGUCAAAGUCGGCCUCUUCCCCUGUGUCCUCCCCUGCUCAGGUCCAGCUGAUCCACGACAACACCACCCCGGCCAGCCCCGCGACCCCGGCCGCCCCGGCGACCCCCGCCGAGGCGGCUCAGAGCCCCGGCGAGCAGGUCCAGAUGACCUGGACUGAGAAGUGUGACGGGGAGCCGGCCAAGCCGCCCGGCGCCGCCACACCGGAGGGCAUCAAGGACAUCUUCAACAUGAAGCCUGAGUGGGAGAACCUGAACCAGUCCAACGUGCGACGCAUGCACACAGCGCUCCGGCUGAAUGAAGUCAUCAUCAAAAAGUCCUCGGAGGCCAAGCUCGUGCUCCUCAACAUGCCCGGGCCGCCCAAGAACCGGACUGGUGACGAGAACUACAUGGAGUUCCUCGAGGUCCUGACCGACGGGCUGAACCGGGUCCUCCUGGUCCGCGGAGGCGGCCGCGAGGUCAUCACCAUCUACUCCUGAAAGAGCAGCCUCCCCCUCCCCACCUCCACCCCGACGACCAUCCCCCUCUACCCCUCCCCCCCCCGCCCCCCGCUCCCGUGUCACCUGUGCUCUCGCUCCCUCAUCAGCGCUGCUUCAUCUUCACGACGUCCCUCUCUUGUCGUGUCUUUCUGUGAGAUAGUCGUCUCCACGCCCGAGUCGACAGCUCCGCUCAGCUUCAGCACUGCCUCCUCCUCCUCCUCCUCCUCCUCCUCCUCCUCCUCCUCCGCCGACCGGUGAGCUGCAUCACAUGCUCAGCUACCGAACCCCUUCAUUUUACUCUGAUAAGAUAGUGUAUCUGUUGUAGGCUCUGGACUAAUUCGGACGCUGUCUAGAUUUGUUCUUAGAUACUUUUUUGCCAAUUUGUAAUCUACUGUAGUAACUCGCAUUUAAUCGGAGGCGAUGAAGGAGGAGGAGGAGGAGGUGGUGUGUGUGUGAGUUGUUAUCUGAGGCGUGAGCGCACAUGCAUGUAUCUGUCUUUGUCCUUGUGUCCGUCUUUGUGUUAAUCUGAAGACUCUUCUUCUUCUUGGUUGUUUUUUUUCUGUUGUUGUUGUUUUUUGUUCUUUUCAAAUACAAGUGUGGCAUAGAAGCAGCAUCCGCUCUGAGAGAAGCUGAGCCUGCUGAAAUGAGCUCAGCGUAGGUUUUAAUCUGUUUGGUUCCCGCGUGGUGAUCGAACAAACCUCCCACGGCGUCUCCGACCUGCCGUCUCUGAUGAGAUUUGUCCUUUAAGGGCAAAAGACACUGCUACCUACAGUCAGCUGGAGAAAGAAGAGGAAGAAGAAGAGGUGGAAGAAGAAGAA